UUAUGACAAAUCGGGAAAUACACGAGCUCCGCGUUGUUCAAGCGCGUCCUGCGCGGCACGCUGGGCGUUCACGACAGCGACGAGCGCGUUUGAGGCAGCACUAUGAAAUCGCAAAAUUAUUAGCAAGUUUUAAUAGCAAAAACAUUAAAUGCACAAAAAAACGGGCGGGGAGACGAGGUAAAGAACAUAUACUGCAAAAGGACAGAUCCCCUCCCAGCUGAAGAUACUGCUAUAUCCCUAUCAUUCUCAAACUCCCAAGAAACUUUGGAGUACAAUGUACACUCUGGUGAAGACGGAGAUGGUUGAAGAGAAGAAAGAAGACAUUAGAGAUCCAGAACCGUCCAGAAUUAAAGAUGAAGACACCCAGGAACAAACAGACAUAAAAGAAGAAAGUGAAGAACCGGAUGAGGCGGAGGAGAAACGCGAGAAUCCGGAUACUUUCGUACCCGAAGAGCCUCGAAGAACCGAAGCCAAAAACACGUGCUCUCAGUGCGGAAAGAGUUUCACGCGGCGGGACAGCCUUAAGGUGCACCUCCGAAUUCACACGGGAGAGAAACCGUUCAGCUGCGGCCACUGCGAGAAGAGCUUCAUACGCAAAGCCAGCCUGAAAUGCCACCAGCGCAUUCACACCGGCGAGAAACCGUACGCCUGCCAUCAGUGCGGGAAGCGCUUCACCUUCAAGAACAACCUCAAGGCCCACGUGAGCGUCCACUCCAGGGAGAAGCUGUUCGUCUGCCCUCAGUGCGGAAAGACCUUAACGUGUAGGAAAGGCCUGAAGGAUCACGUACGCGUUCACACCGGAGAGAAGCCUUUCAAAUGCCGCCACUGCGCGAAGAGCUUUAAAUGGGCGCACAGUCUCAGCAAUCACCUCUACACGCAUUCGGGGGUGAAGCCUUUUAAUUGCGUCCACUGCGGAGAGAGUUUCGCGUCGUCGUCCGUCCUGAAAAACCACCUGAAGGUGCACGCCAGCGAGAGGCCGUACGUGUGCUCUUCGUGCGGGAAGAGUUUUAUAUGGCCGGGCAAUUAUAAAGAGCACCAGAAGAGACACCGAGGGGAGAGGGAUCACGCGUGCUUCGAGUGCGGCAAGACGUUCACCACGGCCAAGCGGCUGAAGGAGCACCGGAGGACACACACCGGGGAGAAACCCUACAAGUGCUCGCACUGCGACAAGAGCUUCGCCCAGUCCGGAUCGCUGAAGGUCCACGAGCGGGUUCACACCGGGGAGAAGCCGUACCACUGUCCCUCGUGCGCCAGGAGCUUCUCGCAGCUGACCAAUCUCAUCACGCACAUCAAAAAACACUGUAAGGGACACUCGAGGGACAUUAACAUCUGAAGAACCCGUCUCUUUUUGGCGAAAGAAAGUUCACGUUAAACUGAACGGUUCUUCUGUGGAGAAUCGUCGCCGGGUGAAGCACCUUGAGGGUUGAUUCAGACAGAAAUUAGAAAAGGAAAAGGCAUGUUUCAUUCACCCCCAAGCCAUCCCAGCCGUAUUUGACUUUCUUCUUUCGGACGAACGCAGUCUGAGGUUUUAAAAACUGAUCCUGGCUCUUCAGAGCUUGGCAAUGCUGCUGGAUAGCGGCCAUUAUUUUCAAGCCUCGUAAAUCGGAUAUAUAUACGUCGUGAAGCUAACAUAUGCGCCUUCGGGGGGUUUUCACGUGUUCUUUGAAGCAGAUAGAUGGGUUUUUUGUGACAAAAGUAUUGUGACUUUUUGAUGCAUUCUGGGCGCUCUCUGACCCUUCGUAGAAAGCAAUGCCGUUAACACGAUCGAGGCUCAGAAACGUAGCAAGGGCAGAAUUUUCUUUAUUGGGUGAGCUAUCGCUUUAAGAGAGAAGGCCGAAUUCAACACUUUUAAAACGUUAAAUGUUUCUUGUGCUCACCGUGACUGCAUUUAUUUGCUCAAAAAUACGUGUGAAAUGUAGUAAGAAUUCAAAAUAAGUGUUUUCUACGUGAAUGUAUCGUAAAAUGUAAUUUAUUUAUGCUAUUUUCAGCCUCAUUACUCCGGUCUUCAGCGUCACGUUAUCCUCCAUCCUCUGAUUGGCUUCAUUUAUUUUUGAUCUACCUGGUGAGCAUACGAGACAUCUCCAAAAAAUCGUAAUCGUUUAUCUGUUAAGUAUAUUUUUGGAUAAACAAAACAAGGCGAUUUCCAUCAUGCCACGUUUUCUCCCGUCACUGCAGACUCCAUGCCAUUCAUUAAUUGGCUCUGUCUUCAUGCUUUUUCAUUUUCAUGAUGAAUAAUUAUGUAAAAUCUCGCAAGAUAUUGUAUCAAGUGACCUCUUUUAUGUAUUCAUAAAAACAUAAAUAAAACAACAUUAUAAUGAUCUGCAGAUUGUGUAUGAAUUGCGAUCAUUGUUAUAUAGAAAGACAAAGAAUUAAACACAUUUAUUUAAAGUAAUCAGAAUGUAAACACUUGCAA